AUGUCGACUCACUUGCGGGCGGGAGAGGCAGCAGCUGGCGCGUUGAGGAAGCGGAAGGAUCGGGAACCGUCCGACUCCCCUCGGGCGCGGUCCCCCGCUGGGCCGGAUCCGGUUCAGCCCGCGCUGGCCCGCGACAACCGGCUCUUGGCUGGGUGCCUGGCGAACGAGUUCCUCACCAAAGGAACCCUCUUCGGGAAACGGUGGGAGCCGAACGGGUCCGAGCCGGAUAACAAGAUGGCUAACGCGGUCUGCCCUGGUUCAGCGGAUAGCGACCCGGACAAGGACAGGGCGAACCCGGUUCGAUCGGGGAGCACGACCGCGGAGCCAGCGCGGUCCAAGCCGCCCAUCGCGUACGCGGAGGUGUCGUACUUGCUGAAGGCGGACGGGGCCCGCAUUCAGGGCGUGGUCAACCCCACCCAACUCGCCCGCUGGCUCCAGAUGUAAGGUGGCGUGACCCGCGUGGCAGCGCACGCAGCUGUUGCUCACUGCUGCAUGCAUGAGGCUGGAAGAGUCGGUGACUGAUGCUGGAGGUGAUGAAUCUGAUCACAAAAAGGAAGGCGUGCAAAUGAUUCUUCUUCUGCAUUGUGUUUUCUCCUUUCAAUUUUUAGCCUCAUGGAUGUUUUCCGAGUCAACAGUAAGGAUUUGGCGUUGUUUUUUGCUUUAGGUUCUUCUCGUUGAGCUGCUGUUCUCUGCUGAAAGAUGUGUUCUUGAGUGACACUGAAUGAAUACGAGUUUGCAAGCCAAACACAAGUCUCAUAUUA